UACGGACACACAAUAUGUUAAUGGUAUUGCUAGGACUACACGUCGUGAAUCAUUGCUGAGACAUUACAGGCUCAAAAACAAACAUACGUUUAUAUCAACCACGACUGGAUUUCUACUCUCUGGAACUAUCUCGACGAUGCCAGGGUGGCAAGGACAGGACAACGUCCUAAACGUCCGAAAUUUAGAAGGGAAAUCGACCACGACACAAUUGUAUCUCCCUACAGAUGAGAUUGAUCGAGCCAAAUCGUAUACCAUUCAACAAGGGCAACCAGAACCAACAAAAACCUGUAAAUGUGGAAAAUGUGUUAUUUUUAUUAUCUUUCUCCUUGUCAUCGGAAUAGCUGUUGGGAUCUACUUUGCUGUGAUGUCAUCUGGAAAGGAUGGACAGCAAACUGUGAACAAAAGCAACAUUAACUUAAAUCUAUCAAAUGAUACACUUACGGACGACGAUAAGUCAUCUGACGACCUAAAUAUGAAAUCUACAACAACGAAGGAUGUCCCGUCUACUACCGAAGCUAUACCUACGGGCUUUUUAGACGUUAUUUCAACAGCUGACGAUUCUGAAUUAUUACCAAUCCCUACCAUUACUGGUCAAGAUAUCAUUCUGCGAAACGUCGGUAACAUUGGCCAAAACAACACUGGUGCUCCACUUUUUUCGACUGAUCCACUGUGCAGAAAUCAAGACAAUGCAGCGAUGUUCGUGCUCAGCUGUUUCAAUCGACAGCAGUUUGAGGAAUUUCCUGAUAAUGACACCGUGAAAUGCUUUUACUUGAGACAGGUGGGACAUUGCUUGGAACUAUUGGUGGAGGAGCGGUACCGCGUGACCUGUAACGAGCUGGACCAACUCUACGUAUUCAAGUCUAGUGCUGACCUCAUCAAGAAGGCAGUUAACUUUGACGUUAUUGUGCAAUGUCCGGAAUGGUGGGAUUACUACAAUGAUGCACUUAAUAACACAACGGAUACCGUCAAUCACAAUUUAUCAUGAUAUGGACUUGUCUGUGACAGCACGACUAAAACUUGGAAAGAUAUCCGUCCCGCGAGCUACAGUUAAACUUUCUCAAACGAAGAAUCAAUUACUUCCAAACCGAAAUUUCGAUCAUCAAAAUCAUCGAAAUGCUUUUAUAUUGUAUUCCUUUCAGAGGCGAUAGACACGUAUUUUAUUAAUUUUUACUACUAUUUUAGAAUUAUUAGAAGAAUUAACGUUAUUGAGUACAAUUAAUUUAAUGUUGUGAGUGUAUAAAGUGUGGAAUACUAAAUGUGUGAGUGUAAAGGAUUAAGUGUCGUAAAGUGUGUUAUGGUGUUAUAUAGUGGGUUAGAAAGUAAUACAUAACAUUAAUGAUAAAAAGUCGGAAGCCUUUUCCAUUAAUUUUAUGUAACUUUCUGGGAAGAUAACCUCAAAACAUGUGAUACACUCACAACAGUUCAUUGAUUCAACUCUAUCAUGUCAAGACAUUUCAUAAAUGUUUCACAUACGCGUUUUACUAAUUAUCGAAAUUAUUUUCACAUUUUGCGAAUGUUCCAUGGCAGGUACUAAAACGUACCUGAUGUACGUAAGUGUUAUCAUCUCCAUAUAUGACCUUUAUAUUCCAGUGUUUAACGCAUUUUGAAUCUUAAGUAGUUGUAUAGAUAUCAUUCUUCAAAAUUUGUCGUUAUUUACUGUAAAAGUUUUAGGGUUUUUUCAGUCUCUGAUUUUGCGAAUUUGCUAAAGUGGUCAGUUUCGGGGCAUUUAUUGUUCGCGGAUUUCAGAAUUAGUAGUCACAGCAAAAAGUGCUGCACUAUGUAUUGAUUAGUUUGCUAUUUAUAUUCCGGGACGUAUUUUAUCUCGAUAUUAAGAACCUCGCUAAAAAAAACUGUACAAUAUGUCUAGCUUUAAUUUGACACAAGUAUAUUAACAUUGCAAUACACAUCUGGUAUAAUAAUGGCAAUCAACAAACAUCUACGGCGUUAACUUACAUGAUUGGAACAUCAGAGAAUAAUUCCACUCACAUGCAAUUGUUAUGUGACGAUCCACGGCGUCUGACUAAUCAGAACUGUUGUUACAUCACGGAAGAGAUGUUUACUAAGUGUUUAUAUUUUUAUUUCAUUGUACUAUACCCUGCACGUCUGUAGGGACGUUUCCAUGAUAUAUGGUUUAUGAUAAAUCUAGUAACGAUCAUAUGUAUCAGGACAUCACCUUAAACAAGAAAACUACAAUUUACCAUUUAUUUCUUAUUGCUGACAUAAUUGCCACUCAACAAGCAGCCGUCUGCUGUCUUUUAAUUCAUUACAUACUUACUAAUAAAUACGUUUUUUAUGUAUAUGCGAUACGACACAAUUGCUCUAACCCAUA